AUGAGUUGUUUAUGUGCGGGCUGUUCCGAUAAAGGAGAAAUUAAAUUAGUCCCAGACCAUAGAAUGGACAUUAAGGAGAAGCCCUCGAUCCCCAAGAAGAAAAGUACGCUAGUCAGUCCAAACACCAUUUUGGAAAUAGAACCAGAUAAGAACUUGAAAAAGCAAAUUACUUUCAGACCAAAAGUAGACAUCAUGUAUGAUUCGGAAAAGUGUCAUGCCAUUUUAGUGCUAGAUAUUCCAGGAUUUAAAAUUGAAGAUAUAGAUGUAGAAAUAGGAGAAGGAAUACUAACUGUCUCAGGACCCAGAUCUCAAACAGAGUUAUUUGAAACUUAUGGUGAUAAUUUAAUUUUGCACGCAAAGGAAAGAGAAGUAGGAUACUUCAAGAGAAUCUUUAAGCUUCCACACAAUAUUCUUGAUGACACAGCUCAGGCCGCUUAUAAAAAUGGAAUCCUGGAAAUAAAAAUGGAAUGUAAACAAUUCUCGUAUAUGCACAAAGUUGAAAUACAAGAAGGAUAA